CUGCUGGUAUAACACACCACUACUGGACUGCAUAUGACAAGAAUACCAACUCAAAAUGAGAAACAUUUCCAUUUCGGUACAACGUCCGCUUGAAUACGCGGGAUAUAGUUGCCCUGUGGUAAUUAUGUCAGGCAGCGCUGCAGGAGGCGGAAGUUGCCUAGCAGGCAGAACUCCGGGUUUAAUUCAAGACUUCAAGUACUUCAUUGCACCCGGCGCGGUCUGUGUCUGUAUAGUGCCACAGUACUAUAGCAACCGUGAAGUGGAUUCACCAACAAGAAAGGGGCCUGGACAGAGUUUUUGAAUGGAAAUCAUAUUUGCAUCUCUUACAGUCUGAAGGUUGGCUCCUCUCUGAGCAGAUCAGUCUGACAAACAUGGAUGGUGAUGGUGGAAGCAAGGAUGUGCAGGCAGAGCUGGACUCAGUGGAGGCAGAGCUGGAGUUAGUGGAGCUGCAGAUCACAGAGCUCCUGCAGAAGCAGGCCGAGCUGACUACUCGUAAAAAUGCACUCCUGCAGCAGCUGGAGGAGGACUGUGAUGCUGCCCAGCCGUCAUCCUCUUCAUCCUCAUCUUCCUCAAAAUCAUCUGGAGCUGAUUCAGUAAUGAGCAAGAAGGAGAUGCAGCUCUAUGAUGGCACAGAUUUUCCAUGGUCCAAAGAAGUGGAGCGUCACCUGAAGGACACAUUCCAUCUCUCCACGUUCAGACCACUGCAGCUGAGGGCCAUCAACCUGACCAUGUCAGGAAAAGAUCUGUACCUGGUGAUGCCUACAGGAAGAGGAAAAAGCCUCUGCUACCAGCUGCCUGCAGUCUGCUCCAAUGGUUUUACACUGGUUGUCAGUCCCCUGGUGUCCCUGAUUGAGGACCAGAUCAUGUGCUUGACGUCCAUCAAUGUGUCAGCAGUCAUGCUGAAUGCGUCCAGUAGCAAGGAGCAUGCCAAGACCGUCAUGAAUGGAUUGACUGAUCCCAAGGCCCCCUUUAAGCUGGUGUACGUGACUCCAGAGAAGAUCGCCAAGAGCAAGCUGCUCAUGUCUCGUCUGGAGAAAGCCUACAACGCAAACCGUCUGAGUCGCAUCGCUGUGGACGAGGUGCACUGCUGCAGCCAGUGGGGACAUGACUUCAGACCAGAUUAUAAACUGCUUGGCAUCCUGAAGAGGCAGUUCCCCAAAGUCCCGCUGCUUGGCCUCACAGCCACCGCCACCAGCAGCGUCCUCAAGGACUGUGAGAAGAUCCUGUGUGUGCAAAAGCCAAUCACACUCUCUGCGUCCUUCAACCGAACUAACCUCUACUACGAGGUUCGUGUUAAAGAUUCUAACUAUGAUGUAUCAAUAAGUGACAUUGCCUCUCUGAUCAAGAACAGAUACAAGGAUCAGUCAGGGAUCGUGUAUGUGUUCUCUCAGAAGGAUGCAGAGUCAGUGUCAUCUGAACUCCAGAAGAGAGACAUCCUUGCCUAUCCCUACCACGCUAACAUGGAUCCUAAUGAUAAGUCUCGUGUUCACCACAAAUGGACCAACAACAAAAUCCAGGUGGUGGUUGCCACAGUGGCGUUUGGCAUGGGCAUCGACAAGCCUGACGUCCGGUUUGUCAUCCACCACACCAUCAGCAAGUCCAUCGAGAACUACUACCAAGAGAGUGGACGCGCAGGACGAGACGACCGCCAAGCAGACUGCGUCGUCUACUUUGGUUUCUCUGAUAUCUUCCGGAUCAGCACCAUGGUGGUGAUGGAGAACGUCGGUCAGCAGAAGCUGCUGCAGAUGGUUGACUACUGCCAAAACAUUGACAGGUGUCGACGCUCUCUCAUGGCUGUUCAUUUUGAUGAGGUGUGGGACGAUGAAGGAUGCAACCAGAUGUGUGAUACUUGCCGCCAUGCAAAAGACUCCACCACCGUGGACAUUACCGAGCAUGCCAAGCAGGUGGUGCAGAUCCUGGAGUUAGCAGGGUCAAUGGAUGAGAAGCUGACUCCUCUGAAGCUGGUUGAGGCCUGGAUGGGGAAAGGCCCAGCCAAGCGCAGGAAGAUGAUCCAGACCACCACACUGUCUCGACUGCAGGCUGAAGCUGUGAUAAUUCAGCUGCUGCUGAAGGGGUACCUCAGAGAGGAUUUCAGCAUCACUCCAUACACCACCUACUUUUACAUGAAGCUUGGCCGCAAAGCUCCUCUGCUGAAGAACCAGACUCACACACUCAGUAUGAACAUGAGGACAACAGGGGCUGGAUCUGCUGUGCACACAUUAGCCAGUGAGGAGGGGAUUGAUGUGACCUUUGACCCCACUGGCAUGGACAACAGCUGUCCCCCACAUCCCAAACAGAAACUGAUUAAAGAACAGAGGAACCUGUCCAGGAAACAAGACCUGAAGCCAGUCAGCCAGACAGACAAACAGACAGAGCAAGCAGAAAAACUGCCGACAGACAGACAUGGAAAGGAAGAGCAGGAUAAAAGGAGGGCCUGCAUGCCUCAACAUGAAAUUGAGGUUGAUGUUGAAAUAAACAUUAUAGAAAACAGUGAUGGUCAGAAAACACCAUCGCAUCCAGCUAAACUUUGUUCUAAACGUAAAUCCACCACCCCUCAGAGAGUGAGGAGGAAACCCCGUGCUGAUGCAGUGGCAGCAGCAGUUUCCUCCCCAUCCCCAGGUGGUGACACAGCCACCAACACUGUGCCUGGCUCUCCAUCACAUUCCUCCAUCAUCUCUGAGACUGCAGCCGAGGAGCUCUGUGACCUGAGGAACUACUACAGCAAACAGCUGAGGAGAAUAAACUACAUUUCCCAUGAAUACCUGGGGCAGCCCUCAGAAUCAGGAGUACUGGCAUGUAUCAGGGAGCCUCUUAGGAGCCUCCGCCUGCCCCGCAGGGUUACCAUCGCCCAGACGGCUCGCAGCCUGUGGACACGAGUCAGUGGCAGGAGGAAGCUGGUCCAUCGGUGACACCAUAGUUUGGAGUGCAGUCAGCUGCAGUUAGAAUUAAUGUUCAUUAUCAAGAAAUAUUUGCUGCUGCUGUUGUACUGUAAUCACAAAGGUUUUAUCUGCUGCCCCAGAUUGUUUUAUUUUUCUACAAACAAAAAUAUAUGCUGUAAGAAAACUUUGAAAGAUGCUGAAAUAGGAAAUCUUAAAAAAUUUAAAUGCCCUUCACAGGUUUAUAAACAUUUUUCAUAAUUCAUACCUCAGCUGCUGUUCUGCAAAUUGAUGAAUGUGUUCAUAAAUAUAAUAUGAAGUUCUGGACCCUGAUUUAAACUUGCACUUCUCUUUUCUAUAAUCUUUGUUAUUAGAAAAUCUGUUCUUAUUAACUGCAGCCCAAAAAGGGAAAAGAUUAUGAUUGCAGAUUUAGAGUGAUUUGGGGCAUUUAAAGGAACUUGGAUGAAUUCACAUAGAUGCAGUGGAGUUAUGUUAUGUUAUGUUUUCCUGCUACUACAUAAGCAUCUGAAAAUCACAUGUCCAUUGAGGAAAAUCAGAAUCCCAAAGGAAGAAAUGUAUGUAUUUUGUUUCAUAGUGGCACCCGCUGCCUGCAUACCAUAAACCCUGCUGGUUCUCUGUAAACAUUUCUUUUUAAAGUUUGUGUCAAACCAGCAGCUAAUGCUACAGCCGAAAAAAAGUGCAGUUCUCCUAAUGGCCACAUGAGGCUGGCUCCAAAUGCGAGUCAAUCCCAUAGACCCCCAUGUUAAAAUGCCCAACUUUACAGCAGAAAUAAACAUGUUUACAGCCUGGUAUAAAAAACAGUUUUGGUCUCCAUAGCUAAUAUCUACAAUUUCAAGACAUCUGUAUGAAGGGUGAAUUUUCAUAUAACUCACCUGUUUUCAAUCUUAUGGAUUAAAGUUAUGUAUAAUCAAGGAGGUGACAAGUGGAUGUAGUCCAUUGUCAAGUUGCUACCACUGUGACAGCCUUGUAGCUGUCCCUAUUUCAUCGUUUUCAGUUUAUAAAAGCUAAUUGUAACACGACUAAAAAAAGUCUUGCCCAGGAUUAGGUUGUAUUAACAGACCCUUAAAACCAUUAAAACAAAAUGUACUUACUGGAAAUUGAAUAAAUUAUCACUGUUAACCAUAACCAUAAAUGCACUGUAGUUACUAAGCUAGCAGCUAAUGUUAAGGUUAGCUUCACCCUCUUAUUUAAAUAUGGUCACAUCUGGCUCCCAAAAAAACAAACCCAAUAUGACAAUGGCCAAAAUGCCAAAGUUAGUGUGUGUUAGUUUCAUAAUGCCAUUCCUUAGAUGUCUUUUGUGUGUUGACUACCUGUUGAACUGUCAGAUCUGUCAGAUUGGUAAACUCCUCUGUCCAAGUUUUGUUACAUUUUUGUUGUUAUUUUUCAUUUAUAACAGCAGUGUGAGUUACAGCUGAGGGAAAUGUGACCUGUAAAUAAAACUGCACAAGGUUUCUAAA